GGCUUAAAACACGAGAAUCGACUCUCAAACGGCUCAAGAAUAGAGGUAUAAACAUGUGUAAUUAUUGGUCACUCAAAUUCCCCCACACUUAACUGUUUGCUUGUCCCCAAGCAAACCUAACUCCAACCAAUCCAGCUCUCCAGAGCUCUAUAGCAACAAACAACCCCGAUCGUCGGUAGAGGAUUUCCUAGAUCAUAUAGCAGCUUACGAGGUCAAUUGUUCUUCUAUGACGUCCCCCAUCUGUCUCAAUGCGAGUACUAGACUCAAGCCUGGAUCAUGAGAAGAAGUUGAAGUAAGACAACCAGUUCAUGGGUAAAGGGACUCACACCAUUCACAACCAAGGACUCAUUGUACCGGGGUGCUCUUUCACUUCAUUUCACUGUUGGAACCCCUUUUUCACUCUCAUUUUACAUUUCUUUUCUUUUUCUUUUUUCUUCACUUGACGGGGGUUCCAACUGCAGUCUUUUGUACUGAUGACUUUCUCCCACAACCAGAAGGGCCAUUGGAGCUGGAGUUACCCAUGGCGACCUUCACGGGCCAUUCUGGAUAUAAAUGAGGAUGUGGAUGUGCCUUUGAUUCUAGGUAGACCAUUUCUUGCCACCACCAAGGCACUUAUUGAUGUGCAUAGUGGUAAACUGAUCUUGCGUGCUGGGAAUGAACAAGCUACUUUUUCUGUGGCUGACCUUGAUCAUUGUGAUAUGCUUGCUGUCACACCUAUGCAUGCUAUUUCUCACCAGGUACACGAGCCGGUCGUGUACCCCCCUGUGCAUCUCGUUUUGCAGGAUCCCCCUCUCACGCCUGCGCCGCCACUCCCUUUAACCUCACCACCUAACAAAAGGAUCAAAGAGGAGUGUCAAUCGAAGCAGCAGGUGGCUAAGCCUGCACGGAAGAAAGGUGGAGACCACUAUGAGCUGGUUCCACCUCCUGCACCACGACCACCCUGGCCAUCCGAGUACUCACUCGCCUGCUUCUUCCCGGAUGGCCAGGUGGAGCUGACCAAUGCUGGUGGUCGCACCCGUCUGGUGCAUGGCCGCAAUCUGAAGCUGUACCUCAAGAGCAAUGUGGAUCCGCUCUUGGAGGCGCCUGUUCCUGCACCCCGCUGAGUAUCCACCAUGGGCGUCCAGCUAAAAGACGGUAUAGAAGCGCUUGUGGGAAGGCAACCCCACCACGGUUUGCAUUUCUUUUCCCCCUUUUCUGUGUUUUUGUGUCGUGUUGAGUUAAUUGCAUGUUUGUGUUGAAGUCCGGUCGUCGGUUAUGUCUCGGUUUGGUGUUUUCGUGCAGGGGAGUUUGAAAAUUUGGGAGAAUGAGAAUUUUGGCCGGAAGGGUAAAAUACCCUGUCGUGAGCCAAAAUACCCGACCGGGUAUUUUUGGCUCGUGACCGGGACCCCUUCUGCCUUCUGGGACGCCCAAAGGGAAAAUCCCCGACCUUGGCCCAAAAAACCCGACCGGGUAUUUUUGGCUCAAGGCCGGGGAUUUCAUAGGAUUGUAACGCCGCGUUUCAUAGACCCCCGACCUUGCUCCAAUAAUACCCGACCAGGUAUUUUUGGCUCAGGGCCGAGGAUUUCCAAGAGCAUGAAACGCGAUGUUUUACAAAAACCCGGUCGUGGACUCAAAAUACCUACCCUCAUUUUUUUUAAAAUUUCCCUCUCCUCCUCUCAAAAACCUCUGCCCUCUCUCCUCCCUUGGUCGCCGCCGGCCAAGCUCUUCCGCUGCCGACCGUCGUCAUCGCCGCCCGCCGGCAACCCACCGCCGCCGCCAGCCGCCGCUUUCCACCGCCCCCUGUCGCCGGUCAUUUUCCGGAGACUUUCCGGCCAAUUUUCCGGCGACUUCCCGGCGAGCUUCUUGGGUUGUUUUUGGCCCUUUUUCGCGUCCCUCGCCCGUUUUUUGCGCUCUAGCUACAGUUCUACUUGAGUUUCCAGGUGUGUUUAUUGUUUACUACUCUUUUUCUGGAAAAUCGAACUGUAGAUUGUAGGAUCGAGAACUGUGAUUGCCUGACAUGCUUGAAUUAGAAUAGGGUGAGGGCUGCCUUGUGUAUGAUUGGCCAUGGUUAUUGUGUGUGUGCUGUUCGGAUGAUUAAAUUGGUGGGUUGUGU